CUUCCAUUUUUACGCUUCCCAAUUCUUCCAUCCUUAUCUUCAAUUUCGAUCCUAGAGAUUUCCGUCUACAAAGAAGCUGAAUCGUCAAGCAACCAUCUCAUCACCGAGCUACGGUUGCAAUCUGUUUCAAUCGCCGUCGUACGGCUCAGCCGACUAUCGGCGCUGCUGCUACUGCAAUCGUUUCCGCAGGGAAUUACUCCUCUCAAGCUUCCGCCCAGAAAUUGAAGAACUCCAAAUCUGGAAAAAGAUUAUCUCUGGAAAUCUCGAUGCUAUUGAAGAUGAUUGAGUAAAAGAAAACUCAAUCCUCCAUUUUCCGGCGACGAUGAAGAAUCUGAUUUGGUCUGAGCCCUAGACGGCUGAGCCGUCUCGAUCUCGAUUCAAGUCAUUCAUGUACGAUGAGGCGGUGGAGUUCAUGGAGAAGGUUUUGUCUUCUAUGUCUGAAUCUGAGGAAUUGAGUGUGGAGGAGCGCAACCUUCUCUCCAUAGCCUACAAAACAUCAUCGACACUUGCAGGGCUUACUGAUAGACUAUCUCCUGCAUCUGCCUCUGUAUUUCCCAGCGCCUAUCUGUCUAUUAAUCUCUCCAAAUCAGGUUUCAUCACAGUUGAUCCAUAUUGAUCCUGUUCAUUGUGUUGGUUCUCAAAUUGAGUAUCCAACUUCAUUUUCAUUCUCAUGAUUGGAAUGUUUAGUUUCAGUCAUUCUUUCACUUCUGUAAUUCAGAAGUUUCAUCAUCAUUGUUUCAGUUUCACUCAAUUGAGUUUUACUCAGUCGGUUUGAUUGAGUAUCCAAUUUCAUUCUCAUUCUCAUGAGUCAUGAUUGAAAUGUUUCGUUCAAUCAUUUUCCUUCACUUCUGAAAUUCAGAAGCUUCAUCAUUAUUCAAUUUCACUCAAUCGGUUUGAUUGAGUUUCACUCGUAUCGUUUUGAUCGAGUUUCACCCUCAUCAUCAUCAUCCGGUUUUCGGUUGAUUUCAUCAAUUGCUUUUGUCAAUUGAUUUCAUUUCAUCCUUUGAUGGUUUCGUGUGAAUUCAUCAAUUGAUUUGUCAUCUCAUUUUCAUCAUCGGUUGUGUAUGGUUCAUUUUCCGUUCAUUUUGGAGAACCAUCGCAACCAUCACUAGCUCUUUACACUUUCAAUCUCUCUCACUUGAAGCCGCUACUCUGCAUCUGAGCCGAAGAAGAGUUAUCUGUAGUUAUCAACCUGGGGUAAAGAGAAGGAAGCUGCUGAGAUGAACAAGAGGUCGUUCAAGUAUGCCUGGGUUCUUGACAAGCUGAAGGCGGAGCGUGAGCAUGGUAUCACCAUUGAUAUUGCGUUGUGGAAGUUUGAGACCACAAAGUAUUAUUGCACAGUUAUUGAUCCUUGGAACCUCACAGGCAGGUGCUGUUCUCAUCAUUGACUCCAUCACUGGAGGUGUCAAACACAAGAUGCAGUAAACUUCACAGAGAAAAGUUUGUUGUUUAUGCAUGGUCAACAAGGAUCUUAUUCAAUUGCAAGUUGAAGUUGUUCCCACCUUCAACUUGAGGGGGGGUGUUGGUGUAAUCAACCAUUUAGCAUUUG